CUGAAGUCUAUUGGUGACGGAUAUAACAGUGUCGUCUACACAAUGACGAUGCCCUACGUACAUACUAGUUCAUUUCAGACAAUCCUAUACCUAUAGACUAUAGUCAUAGACAUAUACUAGAGCUAGCACGUACUGGACGCCAUCGGAGAAGACGACGGCCGGUAGAGGGAUCGGAGUGUGGCAGCACUGCUAGCUUAGCUAGUGCGUCUGUAGGAUCAAUGGCACCGGUGGUAGUAGAGCUGAUGACGACGACGGCCAGGGACCUGCAGCUCGCUGAUGACACGGCUGCUGCUGCUCACCAGCAAGCACGCGUGCACCAGGUGGGAGAAGACGACGAGGAAGGCAUCAAGCUGGCCAUGGCGGCGGCGCCAGCGGCCGAGGCGUUCGCGGUGCAGGAGCCACCGGCGGACGAGGAGGCCUUGGCGGAGCGGCAGGCGGAGGUGGCCCGGCUCCUGGCCGGGUUCCGGCGGCACCUCGAGGACCGGUCCGCGCACCACCUGGGGUACCCGUACAACCUGGACUUCGACUUCGCCUCGCUGGCGCCGUUCCUGCAGGGCCUCUGCAUCAACAACCUCGGCGACCCCUUCGUGGAGAGCAACUACGGCGUGCACUCCCGACCGCUGGAGGUGGCGGUGCUCGACUGGUUCGCCCGCCUCUGGGACCUCGGCCCCGGCGACUACUGGGGCUACGUCACCAGCUGCGGCACCGAGGGCAACCUGCACGGCCUGCUCGUCGGCCGGGAAGUGUUCCCCGACGGGGUCAUGUACGCCUCCGCCGACUCGCACUACUCCGUGUUCAGGGCGGCCAGGAUGUACAGGGUCAGGUGCGUCAAGGUCGGCACCCUGGUUUCUGGAGAGAUGGACUGUGAUGAUUUUGAGGCCAAGCUGAUGCACAACACAAACAGCCCUGCCAUUGUCAAUGUCAACAUUGGAACAACUGUGAAGGGAGCAAUAGAUGAUCUUGACAAGAUCAUAUCGACGCUACAAAAAUGUGGGUUUCAUGACCGAUUCUACAUCCACUGUGAUGGUGCUCUGGCUGGCCUCAUCAUACCGUUUCUCAAACAAGCACCAAGGGUGACAUUCAGAAAGCCCGGCAUCGGAAGCGUGAGCGUCUCAGGCCACAAGUUCCUGGGCUGCCCGGUCCCCUGCGGCGUGGUGAUCACGAGGCGAGAGCACGCCGCCGUGCUGUCCACCGACGUCGACUACAUCUCGUCGAGAGACGCCACCAUCACGGGCAGCCGCAACGGCCACGCGCCGCUGUUCCUGUGGUGCGCGCUCAACGCCAAGGGUCGCAGGGGCAUCCGCGACGACGUCCACAGGUGCCUGCGGAACGCGCGCUUCCUGGCGCGCCGCCUCAGGGACGCCGGCGUCAGCGCGGCGCGCCUGAACCCGCUGAGCAUCACGGUGGUGUUGGAGCGGCCGCGCGACGAGGCGUUCGUGCGCAAGUGGCAGCUCUCGUGCCAGGGCGGCGUAGCGCAUGUGGUGGUGAUGCCCAAUGUUGGCGUCGACAAGAUCGCCAGCUUUGUUGAAGACCUUGCUGCUAAGAGGAGGAUCUGGUAUCCGCAUGGUGAAGGACUACGUGUUGGUCCAUGCGUGGCGAAAGAUAUAGGGCAAGAGAAUUGUCUCUGUAGUGGUCUUCAUAAUGUAUCAGAUCGAAGCUAAGAACAAAGUAGACAUGUUUCAGUGUGUCUAAAAUAUGACGGA